ACCACGAGUUCGUCGUGUGCAUAAAAUAUCAAUAAAAAAGCGUAAAAAUAUUAAAAUUUAAAAGAAAAUUAUUGAAAAAAAUACAAAUUUAAUUGAUUUCGAGCAAAAUGAACUACUUCAGACCUGUAAAAUUGUACUCGAAAUCGAAGAAUUACGACACAAGUAACUGGGCAUUCAAGUUGCUGUGCCGUGUGAAUGUCAAAAUUAUGCUGCUUUUUGUGCUUUUGAUGAUGGGCAAGGAAUAUUUCGGAGAUCCGAUCGAUUGCGGCAGCGAAAUUGGCGGCGUGAGGAAAGAUAGUAUCGAAAAAUAUUGCUGGACCAUGGGAUUGUACGUGCAAAAGGGCUUUACGGGCGUCAUUACGAACAGAACGCGUCAUGCGGGCUAUAUUACAGGCGUGCAAGGCGAACGAACGUAUCUGCGGUACUACCAAUGGCUCAUUUUGGUUUACUUGACAAUGGCGGCGACAUUUUUGCUGCCCGGGCAGCUAUGGCGGUAUUUUGAAGGUGAUCGCAUUGGAUCGUUGUGCAAGGAAUUAGAUGGGGCAUUGUUUGAACGUGUAUGGACCAAAGAACGUCGUUCGGAGAUGCUGGCGUACUUUAUGUGGCCCGGAGUUCGAAGUAUUCACACUUUGUACGUCUUUAAGUUCUACUUGUGUCAAAUUUUCCUGUUGGGAGUCACUAUCUUCAAUAUUUGGUUGGUAGAUACAACUUUGGGCGGAUUUUGGGACAGAUAUUACCCGGCAAUCUCGUAUCUCUACCCUUUUGACUAUGAAAACUUCAUUGAACAUUCCGCCAAAAUUUUUCCGCGCAUGGCACGUUGCGAAUUCUACAACUAUGGACCUUCAGGCUCGGGUCAAAAGAUGGAUGCGCUCUGUUUGUUGCCUCUUAACAUCUUGAACGAGAAGAUUUUUGUCUUUCUCUACUUUUGGCUCUUGUUGAUGUGUCUCGUUGCUGCCUUCAGUGUCGUAUGGAGCACGACAAUUGCCUGUUUCAGUUGCCUCCGUGUCUUGAUUCUCAAAGCGCAGUGUCGCGAAUGCUCCUUGGAUCAAAUUCGACGCGCCACAAACAACGGAAGACUCGGAGAUUUUUUCGUUUUGCACUUGUUGGGUAAGAAUAUGAAUGCUUUUGUGUUCAAGGAUAUCCUCAUGGAGCUGAGUAACUACCAAAAGACGGGAUUUACCUUCGAACAGGCAGCUUGCAAUGGAGAAAAGGAAGGAAAAAGUGAACUUCCCUAAACAAUUUUUUGACUUUUGUUAAUUUUUUUUGAGAGAAAACGUUUUUGAACGUUCAUUCUUCGUCGUUCCUUGAAUAGAUUUAAGAAAUUUUUUUUCCUUAUGAGAUGAUUUUCAGUACAAAAUGUAACAAGACUGAAAGAAAUUUGUAGAAAUUAGUUGAUGAAAUAUUAUCGUACUCUUGAUUUUUGUACUUAUUAAAGUGAAUUCAUAAUAAAAUGUGUUAAAUAAGAAAUUUUUCAA